CACGGAUGGACCCGGCCGGAUUCGGCGGGAAGCGGCCUGGCAGGCGGCGGGCGCGGCGGCGGCAGCAGAGGCGGGACGGGACGCAGGCCGCGGCUCCCUGAGGCGUGCGGGCCCGGCCCCCGGCGGCGGCACCAUGAUGCCGGGCGAGACCCGCUCGGCGGCGCCCAUGCCCGCGGCGGAGCUGUCGCGCUGUCAGGGCUGCGCAUCCCUGCAGCAGAACUUAAAUGAAUAUGUUGAUGCAUUAAUUACCUUGAAGCAGAAGAUCAUUAAUACAGAUAACUUGUUAACAGAGUAUCAGAAGAAAUGCGAUGAGCUGCAGUUCGCAAGAAGAGAGAACAGUACACUUCAUCACCAAGUGGAACAGAUGCUCCAGAAAAUCUCUCCUCUGCAGCAAUGCCAGGAAGAGCUGGGCACUCUGAAAGCAGAGCUGGAGGAGAAGAAGAGCUCCCUUAAGCUGUACCAGGAAACUCAUCAGGAGUAUGCCCGUGUGAAGGAGGAGUGUCUUAAGAGCGAUGCCCAGAAGAAGAAACUCGAAGCCAAGGUGAAGAAGCUGGAAGAGGCUGCUUUUAAGCAAAUCCAGGACUUCAAGCAACUGAGAAAUGAAAAGAAAGUUCUGGAGAAGGAGUACAAGAAGACGCAGGAACGACUUGAUGAGUUUUCUAAACAGAAAAAUGAAAAGGAGUUGAAACAUAUUGGAACACAAAUUUCAAGUGAAUCGUACAGCAGCAUAGAUAAAAGAAAAGUCAAGUUGCUUUUGAAGGAGCUCUGGCUAUGCAUCAACACAACCCAUGGGCUCCCGGGAGCAGGCCGGGACCACAGCCCAGCUGUGUCCGUCCAGGAGCGCUCCAGGACACCAGAGGGACAGACGGUGGAACCAUGCACACCAGACACGCCCCCCAGGAGAGCUGGUGUCUUGUCUUCCUGUAAACGUGUGGGAAAGGAGCGGCCCCGGCGGGCAGGCUCCCGGGGAAAGCUGAGAUACGCUGAGAGCUUCCUGUGCGACCAGGAGACUACCGACUUCUCCGACCAUGACCCGCCUUUCGAUGAAGACCUACAAGCUGCCAUUGACUUCUUCAAGCUUCCCCCUCCUCUCCUGUCUCCAGUGCCCUCACCCCCGCCCCCACCGGCCUCCCUGCCACACCCGGAACCCGACCCUUCUCCACUCGCACCCGAGUCCUGCUUUGGUGAGGAUACAGACUCCAGUGAGGACGAUGGGGUUCAACGUCACCACACAGCCGGCUCUGCUGCAGAAGAUGACGCAGCUGCUUCUCAGAGCUACUUUGGCUCGUUCAUAAGAAAUAAGAGCAGCGGAACCCUGUUCCAACAGCCCCACGAAGUCCUCCAGGCUCCCCGCAUGGCCCUGCCAGCCACACCAAGCCCAUGCUUCUGGUCCAGUGAGCAGCCCCAAGGCCUGUCAUCUCCCUUCCAGAAUGUUCCAAACCGAGAGGCUACUGAGGUUCGGGAGGUGGACAAGUGUGUGCAGACAGAGGAGCCCGCCCCCAGGCCCGUGGGGCGGCCAGCUUGCUCUUCAUCGCCGCUCAGCACGAGGCCAUUACUGGAUCUCUUUGAAUGUGGGGGAAGAUCCCUGUUUUCCAAGAUACUAGGGUCACCCCCGGCAGGGUUCACCAGGCGUGCCCUGGCGGAGGAGCUGGCCUUCGAGUCUGACCGUGUGCGGGCCAUCUCCGAGCUCUUCCACAGAGUGUCCCGGGAGCUGGAAAGGGGUCGGCGAGGUCGGCGAGGAUUCACCUCAGAGGAGGAGAGCCUGGACACCGGCUUGUCACCCUCCUCUACCUCCGGAGCCUUGUCCCUCGGCAGUGGUCCCCAGUCCUCCUCCGACGAUGACGCGCGUGCUCCAUCCAGAAGAAGAGCCUUCUUCCGGGUGCCUCAUGGGCAGCCAAGUCCCGCCUUGGUAGCAGCACCCAGUCGUGGCAGUCUGUCGUCCACGAUGGCGCCCAGGUGCUCGGUGCUGGGGGACCAAGUGGAGAGCAGCUCCCACUCUCUGAGCCCCGUGCUGGGUGUGCCCACCUUCAGCGCUCAGUGUGCAGACGUCGUGAGAGGGGGCUCUUCGUUUCCUCAGUCAGUAUUUAUGAACGUGACAAAAGAUGGCCCGUGUGAGAGCCAAGAGCUGGGAAGUCGGCUGCUGCCCGCCCCACAAGCAGGCUGGGUGCCAGGCAGCUUUGGCGUGGCUCAGAGCGCUUCCUGGCAUAGAGAUGAAUUCCUGAGGACGAAUGGGGAAGGGAGACUGAGAGCUGAGCCAGAACAGGCUCAGGAGACUGGUCGUCACCUACACAAAGCCGCACCAUCACCAGAAACGAGGGAGUCAGCAACCAGACUCAACCUUCCUACAGAACCCAGCAGUCCUGUCCUGGCCAGGGCUGCGUCAGUGCUGCCAAACCAAGUGUCUGUCAUCACCAAACAGGCCAAAGCAGACAAGAUGCCAACGGCAGCACCGGGGCCCCUCCAGCUGCACAGGAGCGAGGCCCCGUUAGCAACAGACCAUCUCAGGACUGGGGCCGAUCGGGGCGGGGACGGGGGCCAUGCAGCCCCGACAGUCGCGGCAGCCGCUGCAAGGACUUCGCCAGGAGGUUCCACCCCUCAGGGAGCGUUUGGUUCCGAUUCUUCAGGUAGUGUUUCACCAGGAGAGCAUUCUCCUUGUUCCACAAACAGUGGAUUGUCUUUCUCUUCCGGCAGCAUCCCAGUUCAGCUCCAACAUGGCCACGAGGAGCUGGGGAAGCAGAGGCCGCCGCUCCCUCCUGUGGACCCGGGGGCACUCAGGAUGGACGUGGACCAGCUUCCAGCGACUCCAGCUCCAAGGAUGGUGCCGAGAGCCCUGUCUGCAGAGGACGUGCCAUGUGGAGACUCGGGGCGCUCGCAGAACGAGGCCCUGGCAGUGGCACGAGGCUCUCCUCACACACCCCAGACCUGUGAUGAACUUGAGAAGCCGAAAUCCAGAACUCCGAGCAGUGCUUUUGCUGACGGUUUUGCCUCCACGGGUACAGCUUCCCCCUCAGCGCUUUUCAGAAAAAACAAUGAGCUGCCCGCGCUUACACACAGUCAACUGCCCGAUGCCCCGUAUGGCUACACAGGCCGCCGUGAGGGGCCCGGGGACGACACUGAAGUGGAGGAGAGUGAGGCGUUCACGGGCAGUGAGGCUGAAAGUGAGGGUGGACCCAUGGAGGGGGGCGGCCCCACACCUGACUUGGCAGACACUGGCGCAGCUGAGACGUGGCCGGGCCUGGAGGUGGGCCACCUGACCUCGGCUCUACAGGAUGUGAACAUAAGUGCUUUCUCGGAGAUAGACACGCUUUCUACCUCAGAGGUGGUCAGCUUCCUUGAGAGCUGCCAGCUGAGGGAUUUUAGCUCAGGGGACUCCGUGUCAGAAUGUUCUAGCAAAGGCGCCCCUCCUACGGAAGUGAGUCAAGGAUUGAAGGAAAGCCAGGGUUCUGGAGAGCAGUACAGGAAGCAACCCGGUGAGGAGGAAGCUGCCGACGCCUCCCAAGAGUCGGAGGUGCCCGAGGAGGUCUUUCCAUUGGGAAACACAAGUCCACUCCCCGAGUGCGCACUGGAAACACUGUCUGAGGUCCUCACCAACAUGGACCCUGAGCUGCGUGCACAUUUUGAAGAUUCUACUGCGAGUGAUGCUGGGGACUUGCUGCUGCUAGACUCCCCUGACACCGUGGCUGCUGAACACUUUCAGGAGCAAGCCCUACCUCAGGAAGCAGCUCACUCCUCCCCACGGGCAGACCCCGGCACUGGGAGUGCGGCAUCGGGUCAUGAAAGCCUUCACAGCGCACCUGAGGCUGCGACAGACACAGCGGGGCAGGCGGCUGGUGGGGAGGAGGAGCCGGAGCAGAACGCUCAUGGGUUUCCGCAUCGGGCACCCACAGCGCCUUCAGAAACCAUCGAUAUGCUCCUCCCCAAGGACCAUAACCUGAUGAUCAGAAGUGGGGACAAGUGGACCAUCAUGAACGGCGUGGCACUUGUGUCCAGUGUAGACCAUGUCCUAUUGCCGGACAGCCCUGGGGACACCGGAAUGGCUCCAGCUCAGAAAGGACUGGAAGCUGGUUCUGUUGCGGUGACCUCAGUAGACAAAUCCCCAGAGAUGGCUCUGAUGACAGGCCCUGCGAUGCUGAGGCCUCAGGGUAACCGCCACCCCUCAGGUUCCCGGGAGGACGCUUCCAGUAGCAGUCCAAGUGCCAACUUCGAUAAAAGUCGCCUGCGGAACAGACCCGUGAGACCCAGUGUGCGGAUUAGUUCUCAGAUAUACAGUCAGGAUUUUGAGGUUCUGGUUGCAUCCGAUCACACGUACUACAACUCCAGACUCGAGCCUUGUGGCAAAAGUAAGAACCGAUCAAAACUCCCCAACAAAGAGCCAUCAGCCAGGCCGGCAAAGGCUUCAGCGCCAAGCACCGUUGACAGUGGGCAGAGUGAAGCGUCCCAGUUAUCGUCAGGAGAAAGGGGCACUUCUGACACUCAGAGAAGCCAAACUCAAGCUGUCCUAGCCAGUGCCGAUACCUCGACUCCUCCCGAGGGUCCCACCGACACACUGAACAAAAUACGGCAGGAGGUGGGCCCCCCUCUUCCCCCGCUGCUGGCCCCCCUGAUCGCGACACCGCCCAGGACUCUGCGGCCAGUCUCUCCGCUCAUGUCCACUUGCAGCCCUUGUUCUCCAGCCUCUCCUCUUGGCCCCAGCUCUCCCUUAGACGACGCACCUGUGUCUCCCAUGACGUCACCCCUGCAGGAGGGCGCCGGGCUGGCCUCUCCUCCCUGCACUUCUCUGUCGCCGUCCACGGCGCCAGGCAGUGAGAGGGCACUAGCCUCCCCUCUGCAGUUUUGUGCUGCAACCCCAAAGCAUGCACUUCCUGUACCCGGCCGCCUUCCCCCAGGGGCACCAGGCCCAGCUGCUGCCGGGGGAGCCCAGGAGAACUCCGUUAAAAUCCUCGACACCAUGUACCCAGAGCUGUCAGCUAGGGCUCGGACCCUCAACAUCCUCAAAGGGAACAUCCAGCUCAGCAGAGGCCAGCCUGCUGACUGCACCAGUCUGCCUGGACCCGUUGGGGCCAUCGCCAAGUUCAAAGCCAUCACCUCUACAUCGACUGCUUUUGUGAAGACGGGGGCCAGCGCCGGUGGUGACUCUAGUCAAGAGAAGUCCAGAGACUCAGAGGCUCCAAGGGAGCCCAGCGGGAAGAGGACGUUGUCCACAACUACACUGCGGAGUGCUAAAAGGUUACGCCUGGACAGUGGGUCCCCAGAGUCGGAGACCCGGGAAGCCAGGACAGAAGGAACCAGCCGAAACCUCCGGAAGAACGUCCGCCAAAGUGAGGUGGUACCAGCAAAUGGGGAAAGAAACUCUUCCUUCCCAGCUGUCGGUACAGUUCCACAAUUGCCUUUAAACCCCAAAGAGACCUUGGAGUCACAAGACAAAGCCAUAGCCAAUGCGCUGAAGAAAAUUGGGGAGUCAUCUUUCGACCUGUUACCCGUCAUCCGUAGCCAUGUGUAUGUGGGGAAUAUCUCCAAAAAGCCCGUCAUGAGAGACCAGGAGAAAGAAGUGGUGUAUGAGUUUAGCACAACCAAGAAGCAUUUGGCAGAGUGUUUGCUACACUCGAUCCUGGCGGAACUCAGUGCUCAGAAGACAUCCUCGGAGCACAGUUACCUGCACGCCCUCUGCAGAGUGUACGUGGGUGUCUGUCGGCAGCUUGGAGACCUGGAAAGAGCUCGUCUGUUUUGCUACAGCAUACUGAAAGAAGAUUUCCCCGAGUCUGACAAACUGACUUUGUUUAUUGCAAACAUGUGGCACGACAUAUUUAUCUCCCAAUCAGUGAUUAAUAAAGCGAUGCAGUUAGUUGCCCGGCAACGAGCUAAAGGAGAGGUCCUGAACUGUCUACGAGCGUUUCUCAACUGGGAGAAGAAUGCUCCUGUAGAUGUUGGCUUCAUGGUUUCUAAGCUGCUUUUGACAAUACAGUUAUGUCCAAAAACAGAAUUUCAGCCGAGCGAGAAGUUUGGGGAGGAUCUGAGUGACAACGCGUGGGAAUGCAUCUUCGCCAUCGAUCUACUCUGCUGCCACCAGAGGUGGAUUUGGACCCACGACAACAUCAUAAGCAAGGAGCUGUGGCCUGUCAUGGACAAAUGGAUCAAGUACAGGAAAGGACACCCGAACGUCACACACACCCCGGAUAUCAUCGUAGCCUCAGUCCUGAGGCUCAUCGGUCGUCUAGGCCAGUUGGGUCUGAAGGAAGGGUUUCCAUCUGCCGUGAAGAACAUCAGCUCUGUGAUCGGGAUGUUCAUCCAGCAUGCUCAGGAUGAAGAUAUCCCUUGGGGCAUCCAGCUGGCGGCCGCCUAUGCGCUCUGUGACUUGAGCCCCAGCAACCCCGAAGAGACAUCCAGGAUCCUGGAAGGCUGGCGGAAGGCAGCGCCGCAGAGUGUCCCGGCUGCUGUCAUCAGCUACCUGGAAGAGGCGGGCGCCCUGUGCACACAGGAGCAAGGUUAG